AUGCCCGCUCUCACCACCAUCUUGACCGACAAACCCGGCGCCAGGUCCCGGUCAGCAUCCCCCAUUCGUCCUCCCAUGUCUCCAAUCACGCCUCCCCUGGCUCCGGCGCAACCCCGCGAUGUCCCUCCAGCCGCAGCAGAGCUGCCCCCAGCAAGACAAACCUAUACCCAUUCAUCGCAGCCGUCACAGCAGAUAGGCAUCCCACCGCCUCCCCCCGAGCCCAUCGACUUUGAGCAAAAUCCCGACGUCAUUGCUCUCAAGUCUGCCAUUUCCGUCCUCCAGGUCCAGAAGAGGCGAGCCACGGGGGAUAUCCAGACGCUGAACAGAAUCAAAGACGAGGCGCUGGACGAUCCAGAGUCGUUUAUGAAGGACCUAGCGGCCGGCAAGGUGAAGCCACGAGACGACUGCCUCUUUGAGUCCGUCGACAGUGACGAGCAUGACGGGGACACCGGCGGGGAGAACUCGCGCAGCAAGCGUUCGUCUCGGCAAGACGAAGAGUCAAAACCGAGAGAAUGGUCGUCGUUGCCAAAGCCCCAGGAUGUCGUUCGUUGCCCCCCUCUAAACUGGGCGCAAUAUGCCGUGGUUGGCGAGUCCCUGGACAAGCUCCAUGCCGAACAGGUGGCGCGCCCUUCACAAGGAUUGCCCGCCGUCUUUGGACCCAACGGAAUGUAUGACAUAAAGACUGAGGGCAAGCAGGAGAAAUACACCGGUGUGGCCGCACCAUAUGCCCCUGCCAAAGACCGUAUUGACAGGAAAUCAAAGGGCAAGAAGUAG